CAAAAGCCAUGGAUGCAGACAAUGAUUUUGGCCCGCAGCGAGCGGGCGUGUUCGAUUUCACGAUUCUUUUUGAACAGAGUAUUUUAUCUCUUCUCCCGACUGGUCUGUUUAUCUUGUUUGUACCGCUGAGACUCUAUGUACUCUGGAACAAUGAAAGGGUCACCAGAUCUGGGCCUCUGUUAUGGGCGAAAAUGUUAUGCCUGCCUCCAAACCGCUUUACUUGUUCUCUGGUGCCGAAAAAAUUCGACAAAAACAGCAAUUGCUGAGCCCGUCGUUGGCUUGAUCGAAUCUUUUGCACUUGCCGCUCUGUCGUUCGUCGAACACCGAAACUCCAGGAAGCCAUCCAAGUUGAUCGGGACAUUUAUUGUCAUCACCAUCAUCCUCGACAUUGCCCUUGUCCGAACCUUUUGGAUACGAUCGAUGCGAAGUAUUGCAAGUGUUUUCACUGCCUUCUUUGCGAUCAAGACAAUCCUCUUGAUCCUUGAGGAAACGCCAAAGACGCGACUCGACGAGAAAGAAAAUACAAACGAGACGUCGUCGGGGGUGGUCAACAGAAGCUUCUUUUGGUGGUUGAACGGACUCUUUCUUCAAGGGCACCGGACCAUUCUUGAAACUGAGGACCUGCAGGCGAUAGACUCAAAGUUUGACACAGACCAUGUAUCGGCGCCGUUAGAGAAACAAUGGGGACGAGGUAAGCCCAGACUCUUAAAAUGCACUUUCCUCGCAUACAAGUGGCAAUUCGCUGCCGGUAUCAUCCCUCGACUCCUCCACAGCGGCUUCAACUUUGCGCAACCUUUCCUCAUUCAAUCCGUCAUCGUGCUUGUCAGCAAAAAGGAAAUGUCAGUUCAAAUUUCCAGCGGGCUCAUUGGAGCAACAGUCCUUAUCUACCUCGGCCUUGCUAUUUCUGGCGCGUGGCACAAACACAUGUCGUACCAGCUGGUUACUAUGUACAGAGGUGGAUUGGUGUCGCUGAUCUUCAAGAAGACGCUCAAGCUCAAGACUACGUCCAUAAAAGACUCUGCACCUGUCACACUCAUGACCGCCGACGUCGAGACUAUCGUGGCAGCAGGAGCCUCGGUUCAUGACAUGUGGGCAAACAUGCUUGAACUUCCUGUGGGGAUUUAUUUGCUUUAUCGUCAAGUUGGGAAGCCAAGCCUACUUGUGCUGGUUCCAACCGUCAUCACAACGAUCCUCAGCGGCAUCAUCUCUCCAGCGAUGGAGCCAGCGACAGUGAAAUGGAAUGAAGCUAUUCAGAAGCGAGUUGGUGAAACAUCAAGCAUGCUCAAUCAAAUGAAAGGCAUCAAAAUGAUGGGUUUGACAGAUUUCAUUCUUCAAAUGCUACAGGACUUGAGAGUCAAAGAGCUCAAAGUAUCCGCCAAGUUCCGAUGGCUGCUCGUCCACUUCAACGCCCUUGCUAUGAUCUCUGCCCAGUUAACUCCGGUGGUUGUCAUUAUGUCUGCCAUUUAUUGGACCAAAUCAGAUGAAGGUCUGAGUGUCGCAGAGGCGUUCACAUCGCUGUCCCUGAUCUCUCUCGUGACUCAACCACUGGUCAUGAUUCUGGUAUCCUUGAUGCAAAUAGCCGGUGUUGUCGGGGGCUGUGGCAGGAUUCAAGCGUUUUUGCUCCUGGAUGAGCAGGCUGUUGCUAGGGAGACAGUCGAUGUUGAUGCUGUGACUAUGCAGAACGCCAGCUUUCAGACGCCCGACGGAAAUUCUUUGCUCGCCGAUAUAAACCUCCGCAUCUCGCCCGGGACACUAAAUAUGCUCGUUGGCAAGGUAGGCAGCGGAAAGUCAUCGCUUCUGAGAGCGAUCAUCGGCGAACUUAUACCAGCAGAGGGGACGGUCAAGGCCGAGGACUCUCUUGCGUAUUGCGACCAGGUACCAUGGCUCCGCAACAUCACAAUUCGAGACAACAUCGCUGGACUGUCGCCGUUGGACGAGAAGUGGAUGUCAACAGUAGUUCAUGCUUGUGCUUUGGAAGAGGAUCUCCAUCAACUGCCCCAAGGUCAAGAGACAACUGUUGGUUCUGCCGGAGUGGCUUUAAGUGGUGGCCAAAAGCAAAGGGUUGCCCUUGCACGAGCUGUCUACUCGCGAAAGAAGCUCAUUAUACUUGAUGAUAUCUUCAGCAGCCUUGACAAAACGACUGCAGAUACAGUCUUCCACCGCCUUAUGGGGACUGAUGGUUUGCUUCGGACAAGCACUGUUGUCUUGGUAACCAGUAACGUUCACUAUCUCCCAUUCGCGGAUUUCGUUACUGUGGUUCAAGAUAGUCGUAUCACCCGCAAUCAAGUUCCAUACUCUCAACUUAAAUCCACCGAAACUCUAAACACUAUCGCACCAAUCGAAACUCAGGAACCUACACAAAAGGACAUAGUCAUAGUUUCUCCAAAGAAGGAAAUUGACUUGGCUCGGAAGACUGGGGAUACAGAUUGCUACAAGAUAUAUGUCAGGUCAAUGGGUUGGAAAGUCAUUAGCAUCAUCUUUCCAGCUUCAGUGAUUGGCGCCGUGCUUGAAGCCAUGCCUCAAAUCUGGUUACGAAUAUGGACGGAAAAAGGCGAAGGCUCGAAGGAUGCCCAUUAUGCAGGAGGAUAUAUAGGACUAGUCGUUGCUUCUAUGGUCCUGGCACUCCUGAAUAUCGAUUACUUUCUCAUUGUUGGCGUCGAAAGAUCGUCGAACAACCUCCACGAGCAGCUUUUGAACUCUGUCUGCAGAGCCCCUUUGCAUUUCUUUACAUCAACAGAAAGUGGUAGUAUCCUGAACCGCUUCAGCCAGGACAUGACACUCAUCGAUAUGUCUCUGCCGCUAGCGUUCUACCUGACGCUCGAUUUGACCUUGCGAUGUCUGGUUCAGGUUGGUGUGGUAGCAUCGGGAGCGAGUUACUUUGGCGCUUUUCUCCCCAUUUCAUUCUUGGCUCUGUAUCUCAUCCAAAAGUAUUACCUGCGCACCUCGCGACAGAUGAGACUAUUGGAUCUGGAAGCCAAGGCACCACUCUACACACAGUUCACAGAGAUUACAGCUGGACUAGCAACUAUCCGCUCAUUUGGAUGGACAGAUGAGUUUCUGAAUGAAAGCUGUCGUAUGCUUAACACAUCACAGAAACCUUUCUACCUGAUGUUUUGCAUUCAGAGAUGGUUGGAACUGGUACUUGAUCUCUUUGUUGCUGGGAUGGCCAUCUUGCUAGUCACAAUUGCGCUACGAAUCCCCGGCACCACUAGCGAGGGCGCUAUUGGGCUCGCGAUGGUCAACCUGCUGGGGCUGAAUCUGACACUAACAACGGUGAUUGAUCAAUGGACGACUCUGGAGACGUCACUUGGAGCUAUUGCCAGGUUAAAAUCGUUCAUCAGCAACACCCCAAACGAGAAUAAGCAGGGUGAGAUUGAAGUCCCUGAUAAUUGGCCAGGGGGCAGAAUCGUGUUUGAUGAAGUAACUGCGUCGUACAGUGAUGAAUCGCAACCUGUUCUUCGCGAUGUUUCUCUUGCUAUUGAAGCUGGGCAAAAGGUCUACAUAUGUGGACGUACUGGAAGUGGCAAAUCAUCUUUGAUUCUUUCAAUUCUACGUCUACUCGAACUACGAUCGGGAAGCAUUCAGAUCGAUGACAAGGACCUGGCAUCAUUACCGCGUCAACACAUCCGAUCCCAGAUAACAACCAUCCCUCAAGAUCCUGUGAACCUUUCAGGCACAGUCCGGCAGAAUCUCGACCCAGAGGCCCUCAUCCAAGCAGAUGAAAUCUUCAUUCAAGCUUUGAAAAAGACUACCCUAUGGGCAACCAUUGACACGCGUGGCGGACUUGAUGCUGAUCUGAGUGAGCUUGGAUUUUCGGUCGGGCAGCGUCAAUUGUUUUGUCUCGCAAGAGCCUUACUCUCACACUCAAAGAUAGUUCUACUCGAUGAACCGACGAGCAGUGUUGACAACGCUACCGACAAAGACGUACGACAUAUCAUUCGGGAGGUUAUGCAAGGCCGAACAGUCAUUGAAGUCACGCAUCGUCUUGAUUAUGUGACAGACUUUGAUCUCGCCGUUGUCAUGAAGGAUGGGCGCAUAAUAGAGACUGGUGGCCCAAGGGAGUUACUCGCCAAGAACUCGGCUUUGAAGGCGUUGCGGGGAUGAACGCAUCACUCCACUCACCAUGACAUAUCACUGUUCUUAUAUAUAUCUCAUC